GAGAGAGAGAGAAAGAGAGACUCAGACAGAGGCAAAUGGGGAGAGCGCUGGCGUUGUAGGGAGAGAGUAGUGGAGGUGAGGAGGGUCUGGCUGAACACGGACCCCGCUUGAAACUUCACAUCCGAAGAAACCCGCCGCUAUAGAGCGUCGCGCUCUUAUAUGGAGGAGAGACUCGCCGGAUGACCCUCUCACUGGCUCUGUCGACAGUGUGAAUGCGGGCCGCCAUGUCCCAGAUGCUCCACAUGGAGAUCCCUAACUUUGGCAGCAUGGUGCUGGGCUCCCUGAAUGAGCAGCGGCUGCAGGGCCAGUAUUGCGAUGUCUCCAUCCUGGUGAAGGGCCAGACGUUCAAGGCCCACCGCGCUGUGCUGGCCGCCAGCAGCCUGUACUUCCGCGACCUGUUCAGCGGCAGCAGCAAAGCACAGUUCGAGCUGCCGUCCUCCGUCACGCCGGCUUGUUUCCAGCAGAUCCUCAGCUUCUGCUACACGGGGAAGCUGACCAUGGCCGCCAGCGAGCAGCUGGUCGUGAUGUACACUGCCGGAUACCUGCAGAUCCAGCACAUCGUGGAGCGCGGCAUGGACCUGAUGUUCAAAGCCAACUCGCCGCACUGCGACUCAGCCACGGCCGCCAUGGAUGAGCCCAACUCGGGCCCGCAGAGUCCCUGCACCCACCCGCUGGUGCCAACCGGCUGGUCACCCUCGCUACCAUCGCAGGCCCGCAGGAUCAAGCUGGAGGAGCCGCUGGCCAAACGAGCUAGCGACGGGGCACGUUCGGCACGGGCCGCGCCCCUGUUCUCGGCUGGGGCGUUUCCACCCGGGGCUCAAGCAUAUCUGGGAGAGCGUUCCAGUCCGGGAGCAUCUAGCCUCCCGACCACUGACAGCCCCACGUCUUACCAGAAUGAAGACGAGGAGUUUGAGGAAGAGCCGUUCGAUGCAGACGAGACUUACAGUCAUCUGUGCGGCCGCUCGGCCAACCCUUACGGAAUGGCAGAGAAGCCGGAGAUGGCGGUCAUGCCGGUGUCGUUGGAGAACCGCUCGUGUGUGCUGAUCCGCCGAGAUCUGGUGGCUCUGCCCGCUAGUCUCAUCAGUCAGAUCGGCUACCGAUGCCAUCCCAAACUCUACACCGAAGGAGACCCCGGAGAGAAACUGGAACUGGUGGCAGGCACAAGUGUGUUCAUGACUAGAGGUCAGCUGAUGAACUGUCAUCUGUGUGCUGGUGUCAAACACAAGGUGCUGCUGCGCAGGCUCCUCGCCACCUUCUUUGACAGGAACACAUUAGCAAACAGCUGUGGGACGGGGAUCCGAUCCUCAACCAGCGACCCCAGCAGAAAACCACUGGACAGUCGAGUCCUGAAUGCUGUCAAACUUUACUGUCAGAACUUCGCACCCAACUUCAAGGAAAGCGAGAUGAACGUCAUCGCCGCUGACAUGUGCACCAAUGCGCGGCGCGUGCGGAAGCGCUGGCUUCCUAAGAUCCAGUCCAUACUGCCGGAUGGGAUGGAGGUUUAUCAGGGCUCGUCGGUGGCAGCAGGCGUCAGUCUGGGCAUUGGUGGCCUCCCGGUGGGCAUUCAGCUGCCCUUUGAGACAGACUUUAAGCACCUGCUACCCUCGGGCCUGAGCCUCUACGCCGAGCGCAAGGAAGCUGCGAGAACUCAUUUACCACUGGAUAGCGAUGGCCCCGAUCUCCCACGGGACGGAGGCGAGGAGGAGACACAGGCCGAGGGGGAUGAGGAGGAAGAGGCCCAGACUGACAGCACAGAUGGGACGUUGGGGGCGGGGCCUGUCAAACCCAGAGCUGAGGGCGGGGCCACUGUGGCCACUCCUCCUGAGAGGCAGCAGGAGGAGGAGGAGUUUGUGGACGGCCAGAGAAUAAAUGGGCAGUGAGACUGGAGAAAAUAGCCUUCAGUUCAUAUCCACCAUGUGCAUAAACACUGAAGGGAGGAAUCAAACACACACAGGCAUCACUCGUGAAGAACACACAGCUGGAUUUGGCAGGAUGUUCAUCAUGUGCUCCAGAGAGCAGAAGUCAUGGGUCAUGGGAGGAAAUCAUGCCAGUUGCACGGUGGCUGACCUUCAUUAUGACACAUUAUAUUACAUUUAGAAUUAUAUUGCGUUCGUUCUUGAGGUCACCUUGCCAUAAAUGCAGCAGUAAAUCUCACUAAAACUUGACCAGAUCACAUUACGCCCCAAAAUCAAAAGGAAAACAAAAGAAUUAAGCUUUCACAAGAACCAUUAACAUGCAUAUCAGUUGCUAUGUUUACAUGAGUCCAAAAAAAUUGUUUAUUAUAAAAAUAAUUGAUCACUAAAUGGAAUUUAUUGAUGUAGUGUAGACCUGAAAUAAUACAAUCAACAAGAUAAACUGAAGUAUGAAAUACUUGAAAGAGACUAUUUUCUUAAUUAGAUUCAGUAAUAGCAUGCCUAGCAUGCACAUUUUACAUAUGUUUUACAUUUUAAGGACUGGUCAGUGGAUGAGACUGAAUAUUUGCUAAACAUUUGCAAAAAAAAAAAAAAAAGUUCUUCAGACACAAAUAGCAGAUAAUUUUUUACACACGUCUAGGAUUCAUGUAAGCGGAACAGAAUCUGAAACCAGAUUGGAUUUGUUAUGAGUUAUGAAAAUUAGUUCAUGUAAACAUAGCUGUGCCAUUAUUUGUGUGAUGGGUAAGCCCCAUUAUAAUAUGUAUAUUAAUCUAAAAUAAUAAUAUAAAAAUAUGAAUAAAUGCACAAAUAAAAAAAAUAAUGUGGAAUUAAUGUGUAACUAUUAUGUAUGUAUUUAGUUUUGUUUUAAGUAAUGUAUUACAUUGAUUAAUGCAGUGAUUUUGUUUUUUUGUUUUUUGAUAACGAGAAUUUGAAAUCAAUUAUUUAAAUUUGCAACCAUAAUAGUCUCAAAUGUAUUUUUGUGUAUUCUGGGCAUGUUUUUUGUGAGAUUCAUUUACUAUCUACAGAAUUGGCUGCAUUUUAUAGAGCAUUUGAAAUUAUGCAUUUCAUAGUGACAUUUGAUGUUCAGUUUUUAGUGCAGUAGAUCUGAUUUAGAAUACUUCCGUCAUUUUCACACAUUUAACUGGUACGUGUGAUUGUCCCUUCAGAAGAGCGAUGCCUGUGUGUGUUUGACCUGAUCUGAAUGCUGACAUCAAACUCACAUGACCAGCCGACACAGAUGACAUCAGACAUUUCGCCGAUCUUUCGAUACAAAUGCACGCUGACGCUGCUAGAACGAGCGCUCACUUCCACUGCUUGCAUGCCAGAUCACAUACAACUAAUAAUCAGCAUCCCCAAAAAACAAACAAAACUCUAUGGUUUAUUUAAGGACUGUUUGUCAGACAAAGAAGUGAUGACUUUUCCUGAAUGAACUAGUCAACCGGUUGGUUUUUACGGUGUGUUGCUGUCUGGAAUUGAAGCGGUGAGGUUUUUCUGUACUGUAAACUGUUUGAUGAAUCUAGCUGGCUUCAUUACAUUUGCACUUGAUGAGUUUAAGGAAGUGAUGGAGAGCAGCUGCUGAAGACUGUUUGAGAGCGAUGUACGUGUCUCUGAGUGAUUCUGUUCACGCCUCACGUAGGUUUUGCUUUAUGUGCGAAGCGUUUUGUGUUCCUUAUAUGUUUCUGACAUAUGCACUUGUCUGGAAAACAGUAACAAACCAAACCCUCCCCAUGCUUCAGCAUCUUAAAGACGACACGAAUUGGAUGUGUUUACUCAAAAGCCCAACAUUUUUCCACACUAUGGGUGAUGAACAACACCCACCUACACCCUGAAAUCAUCUUGAAAUGAUCUCUGGCCAUAUGAAGUGUGUUGUCUUCAUGGGGAAUCUCAUUUCGUUGAUUUUGGGGAGAAAUUUGAAUGUUCUUUUGGAGAUUAAUGACAAACGUGUCUUAUUAUCUCUGAAGCUUUAAGAGCGGUGUGUUUUUGCAUAAUGCUUUUAAUACUGUAGUUAUCAGAAUCUCCAGGUAUGUUGAUUUUAUUUUUUCAGAAAUUCGUCUUCAGUUGUGAUGCUAAGAUCUACUGAUAUGAUGCACAACGGUUUAUUUUGCACUGUCGGUUGUUGUGUGUUAAAGUGCCUCAUCAGUGCCGUUGAUUGACAGCUGUCAUGAUUCUGAUCAACACUAGAUGGCAAAGACUAAACUAAGGACAUAUUUGUGCUUUUCUUAGAGAAUCUUAAAGAUUUGGUGUUUCUUUUUUUUUUUGUGGAGAGUUCAAAUUUCUUAUCUUCACCCGCUUCUGUUUUAUUAUUAGUAGCCUGAGCAUUUUAUUCAAGCUUGAGUCAGUUGAAAGAUGGCCGCCUCAUAUCUCAGUGAGGAGGAAUGAUGACCUUGAUUUUGCUGAGGUUGAAGAACUUGUGCCUUAUUGUGACUACUGAUACCAUCAUAAUUAUUAAAUUCAGAAUGUUUUUAGUGCAACGGUAAUAAUGAUUUGUGAAAUUAUGCAAAAAAUGUUUGCAAUCGCUGGCUGUUCAUCACAGCUGUUGGUUUCUCAUGUUAAAAACAGCUCAACACACCUGAAGAUUCUGAACAGAACUGACAGAUGGCUCAUACGGUAUGAUUAAUGCUGUUCGAUUUCAUAUUUAUGUAGUCUGUGACUAUUUAGCGCGAUAGCUAUAGGUUUCUAAAGGUAGAAAUAGUCGGCUGGCUGCCACUAAAAUGUGCUGGAACUAACAUAUGAUUACUAAGGCCAGUCUUACACUAGUACUUUUAUAUACCUAAUGAUUUACCCAGAAGCCCUGUAUAUCUGUAUCCCAAUCUCCCAAGUAUCUUGUCCCCAGCUUUAUUUUUUGAAGCGAAGUGGCUCUGAAUUCAUGCACUAGAUAACGUGGAUCCUUUACCACCUUGUAGAGCGCAAACAUGUUUGUUGCAGCUGUUCGAAUGUAUGUAAUGUGCUUAUUUAUAGAUUUCUGUUGGUACAGUAGCGUAGGAGCUUCUUCAGUAAGACUGAGCGUUUUCCCGAAUAUCAGCACUAAUGCUCAGCUCUGAGGUUUCGCUCGUGCGUGUGAGAAUGAGACGAGUGUUUGUGAAGAAACAUCUGUGCAUGAUGACAUGCAAACUCUGUCAGACAGAACAUAUUAAUUACUUUAGUAACAUAUUUAAAGACUGCAGUGGUCCAGAAUUUCAUCAUUUGGCUCUUGCCACAUUACAGAAUAACCUAUCACAGUAAUGGCCAAUGAAUGUAACAAAAAUGGCUGUUUCCAGGUGUUCAUCCUAUCAGAAGAGAAUGCAUAUGCUUAAGAAAAUGCAACGCUAAUGUCUCGGGCCUUCAUCUUCUUUAUGCAAAUGAUAAUUUCUUGUUUUAUUCUUUUGAUUUGGGAGUUAAAACACCCCGAGGAUUCAGCAGUGUUUUAGCAUAAUUGCAUAUUUCUCUGUCGAGGUGCUGUGCAGCCGAAUGGCUUUGUUUAAUUAUUCAAAUUAAUAUGCACAUUAAUGAUCUGCCUAUAACUGCAUGCUGUUUCUCCACAGAUCGAUCCGAUGAGCAGUUCUUGUGGGACUCGAGUCCCGUCUGCACUACUUAUGCGUGUUUCUCCUUGUAGUAAAUAACGGCAGCACUUUAAAGUUUGUGUAAAGGUUGGUGGAAUUCAGUGGGAGCCGGUAAACCUCGACCUCCGAGCACCGACAAUCAGAGGGAGAAAGUGUUUGAGGAUCUUUGACUCAAAGAUUGAAGUACUAACGAUAGCUGAGCUUUGCCUAUAGCGUAGCAUCGCCACGGCGCGCUUUCAUGCAAGAUCCUUACAAAAGUUUAUAAUGAACCAUUAAACUGCUUUUUUAUUCAAAUAAGAAACAAUUAUGUCUACUGCAACAUGUCACUGUUAUUGUCACAAAUAAAAUCUCUUUCAUUCCGUUCC